ACGUUCAGUUCUAGAAGCCUGACCCACCUUCCUUACACGACACGACCCUUGUCACCCGUCUAUCUACCAUGGAUUCUUCCAAGACGACCCAACAGCAGAAGAAGGACACCAGCCAGCCGACUGAGGGCAGCUCGCUGAACAAGGCGGCCGACAGUCUCCAGGCGGCCUUCCAGGCACACUCUGCCAAUCCCGGCCCGGCCAUGCCUAAGGAGUUCAACGUCAAGGAAGAAGGGACUAAGGAGGAACGCCGUGCAAAGGCCGACGAGCUUAACAAGUAAAUACGGAAUCGGGCGAAUUUGUAUGAUUUAAGCAGUUCAGACAGCGCCAAGACAAAGGCUAGUUGGUCAGCAGCGUGACGGUGGUGAAUUUAAACAUUCGAACGAAGUUGUCGCUUUGUGUCUUGGGCAGCCGCUGGGGGAGUCACACCGUUUCCGCCUGGCCAGUCACAUCAUCCGACUUUGAGAGAUCAUACCUACAGAUCGCCCAAUGUUUGAAUGUGUCUUUAGAAUUGUUGUUUGUGUAAGUGGUCAUGAAGGGCGGUGCAAGAAGAUCAACUGGAUAUUGUGGUGGUGGGGACCCGUUACUCGUAUUUCAUG